GCAACAGAAUUGGCUAAAUUAAUAAACCCCAGAGUACUGCUGGUCCGGUUGAGUCUAUUCUCUACUCUCCUCUGUACAACGACAAGAUCACAUCUUUCAGGUUCUUCACAGUGCGCACCACUGAACAGCUCGAGAUUAAUAGCAAUGAACCAUUUGUUCAGAUGGAGAAGGCUUGCCAGACUGACGUUCAUGCUGUUGUAUUUUCUCAUUGAAGUUCUCUGUGCUUCCCAGCAAACAGUCCAGUCUGAGAUUCAGCAGGUGAAAGGCAUCGUGGGACAGUCUUUCUCUUUUCAAGAGAGGGUGAUCAAGUCUGGCAAUUUACUUUAUGGAGAACUUGGCAGUAUUGCAAAUGUGUACCCUGGUAAACGAGGCAAAAUCACCCUUGAGAAGAGAUUUGAAAACCGCCUCCACUUGAACAAUGUUACAAGAUACUUCACUCUGUCAGCCCUUCAGAUUGACGAUGCUGGGGUUUAUACUGUGGAGAAUACAGAUGAAGGGAAAAAAACUAAAAUUCAGCUCACUGUAUACAAUGUUGUUUCCAAACCUCAGGUGACAGAGUGUGACAGCAGCUCCUGUAGUGUGGUGUGUUCUGUGGACAAUGAAAAAGAGGUGGCCUUGAUCUUGUACAGGGGAGAGGAAAUACUAAACCAGACCAGCAGUUCUGAUCUCAUCACUGAUCUCUCUCUCCGUUUGGAGGUAGAGGGAAAGAAGUACAACUCCACCUACAGCUGUGUGGCUUCCAACCCUGUCAGCAAUGAGACAGUUCUUGUCCCAAAAUGUUGCAGUGAAGAUGGUCAUGCUAAUGAUGCAGACAGUGGCGAGAGGAGUCGGGGUGUGCUUAUUAUUAUUAUUAUUAUAUGCGUCUUGGUUGCCCCAGGGCUGGUUGGAAUUGCAAUCUAUCGAAAGAAGAGUAGAAAUGGACACUCACAAGGCAGAUUCAUCCGAAAGAGUGCAAGUUGACAUUGAUUAUGCAUCGAUAACUCCUAAAAAACGAAGAGAUAAUCAGGAGGAGCGAACAGAUAUACCAGAAUUGUAGUCGCAUAGAGACAACCCUACUCUGACAUCAGUUUAUGAUACACUCCUGUUACAUCGCAUGGCUGCCAGCGAGGAUGUUGACACAGCAUGAAGGAGAAAAACAGGAAGUCAAUGGGAGGCCAAAAUGAUAACUCACAUUCUGUAGAGGACAGUAUAUCAUAAAGAGGACGUUGAAACAAAAUGAAAGUUAAAAAAUAUUCAUUCUAACAGCCUUUUAGAGGCACAGUUGUUAUGGGAGAAAAAUCCCCUGGAACUGUUGAGCUGAUAUUAUAAUUUCAGGCUUCCUUUGUAGGUCAUUCUCACAGACCUUCUGUCAAAUAGGGGACUCGGUUACAUCCACUGAUACUGACCAAUUCAAUAAUUAUGCAUUGAGUUGUUAGCAUGAUCAGCAUAAUCCGUCUUUUUAAAUGCCUUUUGUCCCAAAUCCCAAUGUAUAAGUUAAAACAAAUGGAACAUAUAUUUUAAUACAAUUCACUCGUGUGUUUGCUAUGCUACUGCUGGACCAACGCUUAUUUUCAGUAUUGUCUGUUCUGUUGAUUAAAAUGUAGGUGCCUCCCCUGUAUCUUUUUAUAGCUGGUCAUUGUUUAGCUUGCCAGUGGAUAGCAGCUGUGUACAUCAUAUAAAAAGAGCAGGCGUUUGAGAUAAAGCCACCUACUCCUUAGAAGCUAAGGCUGUUAGGCUGCUUUAGAAACAAAAGGUCCAUAGAUAAAUGUUUUCCUUUCACCGUGUAUGUUGUAUUGAAAUAUUUCUGAGGGGAAGAUCUUCCGUUUUUCUGUUUGAUAUUGAGUGACAUGUUUCUCUUCUUAUCGCUAUUCACAAAAUGUAGGUCUGGGCUAAAUGGUAGCUCUUAAAUAUCUUGUUUAGUUUAUUAUGAUGGAACAUUUAUUGGUUGCCCUUAUCUAUGAAGCACAUCCUCCCUUAACAAUACAAUCACUCCCUCCUGCAGACUCUGUAGACUCUCCUUCUAUCAGAGCAUGUUGUGCUCCACCUACAUUAUUGCAGCCUUUGUAUAUAUCUGUGCGAGCACAGGUUACUGUGACCCGAAAAUACCAAAUCUGUUGAUACCAUAGUGAGUUGUUGCACUGUAGGCGUUGUUAUACUUCUCUAUUUCAGAGUAGUUACUGAGACUGAAUAUAAAUAUGUAAUUCACUUUUCACUAUUUUAAAAUAAUCUAUUGACUUAUUCAAACAGAUUAAAAAUUAACAUGUUGUACUGAGCUUCAAUAUGUCAAAUCAAAGACUUACCCAUACAUUUCAUUUAUAGUCAUAAAAUGUGUAUAUUUCCUGAUGUUUAACAGUCAUCAAUACAUCAAUGCCCAUGCUUGAAAUACGUUAAUGUUUUACAUACUCUAGCACAACUCAAAAUAUGAUGGUAGAUUACUCCAUUCCCCAUUUCUGUUUUUGUUGUCAUUUAAAUCUUUGAAACAAAUCAUGUAUUGCUUCAGAAUACCUGUGUAAACUGUCAUUCCUUGAAUCCAUAGCUGCUUUUAUGAGUUUGUCAGUGGAAACAUUUCUCCAGAGACAUUUCUCCAGAAACACAACUCCAGAUUGUGGUUUUAAUGUAGCCUACUUCUAGGGUCAAAUAGGAGAGACAACUGUAAUUGGUUGGUGGAUUCUCUAUUUAGUGAGUUUAAGUGUGUGACCUUUUGUCCUGUCACUUUUCAUGCCAGACAGCUGUACAUUUCAAAUGUAAAAACAAUUAUGACUGUAAACAGUGAAUUACUACCUUUUUAUUUAAGUCCUAUAAUAUUUCCAACUUUGUUUUGAGAAAACGUUGGCCUUUUCUUCCAAUCCUUUUCUCCCAUCUAGUGGUUGAAUGUUUUUAUACUUCAGUAUACUGUACACAAUGCAGUAUUUCGCUCUGAGACAGUGUACUGUAAAUUGUGUAAGUGUAUCUUAAAUCAUGUGCAACCAAUAUGUUCUCUAACAACAUUUCUGUGCUUUAGACUGUAGUCAUGCAUUUUUGUGCCUAUGUGCCAUGAUUAUAACAUUAUUGUGAGUAAAAAUUAAAACAUUUGUCAAAUAUGCCAUGUCGAUGCUA